AUUCCCAUUGUUCCAUUCAUAACAGAAAUUUGAGUUCUCCCACAAGCUUAAAAUCCAAACUCCCUCCCUUAUGCAAAACCCUUCCCCCUCUCUCUUCUUCAUGUUGCCUUCUUUUGGCCGUGGUUUAGCAGUGCAUGGGCGGUGGCCUCGCUCCAAAAGACCCGCCGGACAAGGAGGAGGAGCGACCCUCGCCGUCGUCUUCUCCAUGGCUGUCUCCUUCGUUGGCAGGUGUACGGCUCGCCGAUGCUCCUAUACUUAUCCUGGUUUACUUCCAUGAGGCUAUACGCGCUGAGCUUUCUGAGCUACGGCGCGUGGCGGUUGCUGCUGCUGCGGAUGAGAAGAGUGAGUCACACUCGCGGGAAUUUGCGGUUGAGCUGUCUGGAAGGUUCGAGUUUCUUAAGCUUGUUUGUAAGUAUCACUGCGCUGCUGAAGAUGAGGUUGUCUUUCUAGCGCUGGAUGCACAUGUUAAAAAUGUGGCUUGUACAUAUUCGCUGGAGCAUGAAAGUAUAGACGAUCUCUUCGAUUCUGUUUUCUGUUGCUUGAAUGUAUUCGAUGGAAGUAAAAGUACCUCCAAAGCAUCGCAAGAACUCGUAUUUUGCAUUGGCACCAUCCAGUCUUCUAUUUGCAAGCAUAUGUUGAAAGAAGAAAAGCAGGUUUUCCCUUUGCUGGUAAAGCGGUUUUCUUCCCAAGAACAAGCUUCUCUGGUGUGGCAAUUCAUUGGGAGCAUCCCUAUAAUUCUGCUGGAGGAUUUUCUACCAUGGAUGAUCUCUUUUUUUCAUCCAGAUGAGCAAGAAGAAAUUACAAAUUGUAUAAAAGAAGUUGUACCAAAGGAAAAAUCAUUGCAGGAGGUGGUAGUAUCCUGGCUUGGUAAGAAACACCAGACCACGUUUGGGUUUCACACUGAGCUUGCAAAAGGAGUUCGACCUCUUGAUGGACCCGCCACUAUCAAAGGCAAAUUCAAUUUCAAUUUCAUUAAGAGGCCUCUUGGAUGGAAGAAGGUGUACUGUUUCCAAACAAGUGCUGGAAAUAAUCCAGUUGAUGGUCUUCUUCUCUGGCAUGGUGCCAUACAAAAGGAUUUGAAAGAAAUUCUACUAGAGCUGCAUCAAAUAAAAAUAUCAAGCUGCUUUCAAAAUAUAGAUUUUGUUGUUCUCCAACUGAAAUUCCUUGUAGAUAUCAUAAUCUUUUACAGCAAUGCAUUGGAGAAGUUCUUUUACCCCGUCCUAGUUGAUGUUUGCAACAGUCAGCUGUCUCUACCCACCCAACAUCUCUAUAUUGCGUGUCAUAUUGAGCAUUUACAGCACUUGCUACACUAUAAUGAUCAAAAGGGGGUGGCAACAAAUGAGUUUGUGGAGAAGCUGUUCCAGAAUCUGGAGUCCUUUGUGAUGAAUGUUGACAAACAAUUUGGGUUACAAGAAAAGGAGGUAUUCCCAGUCAUUAGCAAGAAUUGCAGCCAAGAAAUGCAGCAGCAGCUUCUGUGCAUGAGCCUUUAUGUGUUGCCACUUGGGUUGUUAAAACUUGUGAUUACCUGGUUUGCAGGUCAUUUAUCUGAGGAUGAAUCUAGGUCCAUUCUGCGGAAUAUAAACCAGGGAAGUUCCUUGGUCAAUAAAUCUUUUGCAUCGCUCCUAUUGGAGUGGUUCCAUUUAGGUUAUUCAGGAAAAACCUCAGUUGAAAGUUUCAGGAGGGACUUGGAGAAAAUGUUCAGCAACAGAUGCUCUUUUCUUCCUGAGCCGAUUGAGGAAGAUGCUGAAUCUUCUUGCUUACUUUCAGAUAUGUUACUUUGUAAAGGACCUAAAUCUGAGCUAGUUAAACCAGUUUUUGUCAACAAGGAAAAGAAGGGUCUCUCUUUUUCUUCUGCUGACUUCCAUGGCAUUAAGCAGUUUGAUACAUCAUACUGCAGUGGAAUCAAUCUACAUAUAUUUUUUCCCAAAACAAUAAGGGCAUCAUACACUUUUUCAAAAUUUCCUGGUGAAAGGAGUUGUGUUGAUUCUGCUGUUACUGAACCAUUACCAAUGGAUCUAAUUUUCUUCUUCCAUAGGGCUAUAAAGAAAGAUUUAGAUUACCUUGUCCUUGGUUCAGCUCGGCUGGCUGAAAAUGUUGGGUUUCUCAUGGAGUUCCGCCAACGCUUCAAUUUGAUACAGCUCUUAUAUCAGAUCCACAGCGAUGCAGAAGAUGAGAUUGCCUUUCCAGCUUUGGAAGCAAAGGGGAAACUCCAAAACAUCAGCCACUCCUACACCAUAGACCAUAAACUGGAAGUUGAAAACUUCAGUAAAAUAUCCCUCAUUUUAGAUGAGAUGUACGAAUUGCACAUUACACCUUCUAAUGGUGAAUCAAAGACACUGGACAGGGUGGUGAAGCACCAGCAGCUCUGUGUUAAUCUCCAUGAUGCAUGCAAAUCAAUGCAUAAGUUACUAUCUGAUCAUGUGCAUCGCGAAGAAGUUGAACUUUGGCCCUUAUUUAGAGAGUGUUUCUCCCUUGAGGAGCAAGAAAAGAUCAUAAGAAGCAUGCUUGGAAGAACAGGAGCAGAAAUAUUGCAAGGUAUGAUACCCUGGCUUAUGGCAUCUUUGACUUCUGAUGAACAGCAAUCUGUUAUGUCCUUAUGGCACAAAGCUACGAGAAAUACAAUGUUUGAUGAAUGGUUAGAAGAAUGGUGGGAAGGACAUAAAAUAGCCAAGGCAGCAGAGGAAUCAACUACUCCUUCUUGGACAACAGAUCCAUUGGAGAUUAUCUCGACAUAUUUGCCUAAAAUCCUUGAUGAACAAGAAGCCAUUUGUGACAAUUUUUUAAGUGCUAAUUCCAUUGGUGCUGAUAUUGAGCUGUUAGGAAUGUCCAAUUUAGAUCAUAAAGCAAAGGCUUUUAAAGGAGAUGAAAAGUUUUCUGAAUGUUCAGGACUGUUUAGUAGGAGCAAUGACAAGAAAAGCAAUGAAGUAGCUGAUUUGAAGGACAGGACCAAUGAACCAGAUCAAAAUUUUCAAGUGACUGAGAACUCUGGGCAAUGCAAGCAUGUCCUGACAAUGAGUCAAGAAGAUCUAGAGGCUGCCAUAAGAAAAGUGUUCUCUGACACAUCCUUAGAUCCUGAAAGGAAAUCACAUGUGAUGCAGAACUUGCUAAUGAGCCGUUGGAUUCUUAAGCAACAGAUAUAUAAUUUAGAAGUAAACAAAUCAAAUAAUGGAGAAGAAAUUCAAGGUAAACAUCCAUCUUAUCGGGACCCACAAAAACUAGCUUUGGGUUGCAAACACUACAAGCGGAACUGUAAGCUUUUGGCUGCAUGUUGCAACCAGCUCUAUACAUGCAUUCGCUGCCAUGAUGAGGUGGCUGAUCAUUCAUUGGAUAGAAAAUCUGUCACAAAAAUGAUGUGCAUGAAAUGCUUGAUAAUUCAGCCGAUUGGAUCCAUGUGCUCAACCGCUUCCUGCAAUGAUAUAUCCAUGGGAAAAUAUUAUUGCAGGAUAUGCAAGUUAUUUGAUGAUGAAAGGCAAAUUUAUCACUGCCCUUACUGUAAUCUUUGUCGAGUGGGGAAGGGACUGGGUAUUGACUACUUUCAUUGCAUGAAUUGCAAUGCCUGCAUGUCACGAUCUCUAUCAGUGCACAUAUGCAGAGAAAAGAGUUUUGAGGACAAUUGUCCUAUUUGCCAUGAAGACAUCUUCACCUCCAGGGCUCCAGUAAAGGCACUUCCAUGUGGGCAUUUAAUGCAUUCAUUUUGUUUUCAGGGCUAUACUUGUACACACUACACCUGCCCAAUCUGUAGCAAGUCACUUGGGGACAUGCAGGAUGUUUUGCAGGUCUAUUUUAGGAUGUUGGAUGCAUUGUUGGCUGAAGAGAAAAUCCCAGAUGAAUAUAAUGGCCGAACUCAGGUCAUACUAUGCAAUGACUGUGAAAAAAAAGGAACUGCUCCCUUCCAUUGGCUAUAUCACAAAUGCUCAUACUGUGGCUCAUAUAACACCAGGGUUCUCUGACUCUGUUCCACCAGAUGAUUGCUUCUGGAGAUAGAAGAAGGUGAGCUUGAUAAAAUGGACACGGUUACUGACAUAUGAGUUUCGAAAUCAGUCAGAAUAUUCAAGAUCUUAAUAUCUCUUCUUGUUGUAUAUCCAUUUGAGAUUUCUACCUUACAUUCUGAAUAAAACCAUUCUUGCUAUCGAUCUGUGCUUAAUCAACUGUAUUUCCAGAUUCUUCUCCAAAAAGAAUGCCCAGACUUUCCUGGUGGGAAAGGCUGUUAUCUGUUGUAUGAUUCAUGGCAGUAUUUGUUUGGUUUGAUGGUUAAGAAAAUGAUCCAUUUCUUGUGCUAUGACCUGGCAACCGUAUAGCACUAUAUUAGAGUUGAAAACAAGUUGAUUAACAGCUAGAGGAACCCAGAAACUGUUGAGUUGCCAUUGGGCCGCCAUUAUUGGUGUUAUUAUAUGGCUAAAGGAUGUUGUAGCCACAGAGUUUCCCAAAAUUUUCUCCUUAAGAGUCCAUGUAAGAAGAGCUAUAACCAACAUUAUUGUUGCUAUCCUCAUAAGAGUGCAAAGCAGACACUACUGUGGUGUAAGGCUGGAACUCGAUUGAGGAGAGGGAGAGCAUUACUAGUACUAGGCGGGGCCAUGCAGAUCGUCAGGCAUGGAAGAAAUCUGAUGCUGUUGCCUGUACAUCUCAAGCAGUGCAUGCACUGCAUGAAAAAGAUGACCCUCGAGCAUCCACAUGUCUCUGAGCAUUGGCUUGCUACUUGAUGGAACCAAUGGCCGGGCAGGAUCCAAAUUCUUUAAUAUCUCAAGAAUGCGAUCGUGGCUGGGAAACAUGGUGCAAGAUCGCUUCUGGUACUUGCAUGCAGCGUAGGCACGGGCGGUGCCACCCACCACCCAAAUUAUACAUUAACAGUAUACAUAAAAGGAAAUACGACUAGAGUGUGUUUGUGUAUAUACAUACACAUAUAUACAAGUAAAGAGGAAACAAUGGCCAAACUCAGAUGAGAGAAGCACUGUGGUGAAAAAAAAGGGAAAUGUGAAUGAAAGGGUAGGAAGAGAGGAGACUGCUAUGACUAUGCCUUUCUCUAUACCUAUCCUAGAAACACAAAACGAUACAACAAGUGAAGCAUUACAUCGA